CAGAGUCGAGUCGGAGACCCAGCAUUCGCCUCUCUCUAUAUAUGUAUAUGUAUAUAUAUAAACACACACAUAUACACACAAUUUUAGCAGAAAUGGAAGAAGAAACAGUGAAGGUUGUCUCAAUUUCUGAGUUGCUCCAGCUUUCUCGCCCACUCACAGGUGCAUCAUCGCUCACUACCGGUCGUUCGAUGUCUUCUUCUUUCGAACUCCGACCGUCUGAUGAACCUCUAAAACCCUCUGGUCCCGUCGAUCCCAAUCUCCACAACCGAAACCCUAACCCUAGAUUUCUCAAAUCUUUGAAUCAACCGACUAUCCUCACCGGAACCCUAACCCUCCCUACACAUGACAACCCUUCAGCUUCAGAUACGGCUCUUCGGUGCUCAAGAACCAACUGCUUCUUAUUCUCUGAUGGUUCAUCCACAAUAUGCUGCGACAUUCUUGAGCUCGAUCUUCGAAUCCUCGGGAAGAAAAUCCACGUUCUCGCUUGGAAUUUCAUUCCAUUUGGAUGUCCCAGUGGGUUUUUGGAAAUUAUCAGAUGGAGUUUUCCGGAAACUUCAGCUGGGCUCAGCCAGUGUUCUUCAAAGCCAGAAGCUUUUCCGUUAUUUUCAGGUUCUUCAAUUGAUUGCAAAGAGAGUUCCAAAGCUCGAUAUCGCAUUCUAGGUGCUAUAGAGUCAGUUAGUCCAGUUUCGGUUGUUCCAUGUACAAUGGGGGUUAGUAGUUCUCGUAGCAAUUCGGGGCAGAAUUCCAGUGGUCCUGGAAAUCUUCGUGGUUUCCUUGCUAGAAUUAUGGUUUGUGACUGCAAAGUAUGUAGCUCCAAAGAUUUGGCAAUGGAUUUGAAUGACAUGCUUCAAGGAAAAAAUCAUCAUUUUUUUAGGCAACCUGUGUUUGUAUACUUUUCUGGGUAUGCUUCAUCUUGGUAUCCUGUAAUUUCAAAGCUGAUUGGGAAUGUUGUUUCACUAUUGGGAUUGAAAAAGAAGUUGGUUUACAUAGGGAAAGAAGACUCUCAGCUGAUGUAUGUUAGUACAGAGAAAGCUUCACUGCAAAUCCUUGAGUUACAAAAUCGGUGGACUCCGGCUACGAAGACUGUAAUUAAAGGUAAGGGUGAAUGUGGUGCGUAUAUUGGCACUGUCACGGGCAUUUACAUGCAGGGCAUGGUUGUUGAGUUAGACCAAGAUGUGUGGCUUAUAGUAACAGAUCAGCUACUCACUCCGCCACUUUCUCUAAGAGUCGGCGCUAUUGUAUCUCUGAGAAAUGUCCACUUUGUGAAUCCAAACUUUUCUUGGACUAAAGUGCUUAUACUUGGCGCUUGCUAUAAAACUAGCAUUAUUGUUGAAUCCUUUUCCCCCAUGGAAACUGUGUGCUGUAUAUAUACACAAUCUCAGAGCCUUUUGGGGAAGUUUAUUGACAAGUUGGCUUUUUCUGCAAGAUUAUGGGUAUUACUUCUGGUUGCAUGUUUCAAGAAGAAGUUUAAUGGGAUUUUGUCUGAGAAGGAAAUCUUAGGAUCAAAACAUAAGGAAGGAAUGGUACAAACAUAUGCUCGUUCAAAUUUGCCUUCAUCAGUAUUUCGAUCUCGGCAAGGGGUACUUGCAGAAUAUUGUAAGCAUCACUCAAGUGGAUGUGGCAGUGAACCAAAUUAUGGUCACCUGAAACUGGUGGUGCCGAUUUCUAAUUUUGUUAGUCAUUGUGAGACAACUUGGUUAAGAUUGCUGUUAGAAAAGAAGAAUGGUUGUGAUUUAAUUUGUAACGGCAACCAAUAUAGCUUCCUGUCCUGUGAAGGGAGAUCUUCUGAUCUGCCACUCAGAAGGUUUCUCCAAAGUGAAGAUGUCGGUGUUGUUUUGCUUGGAAGUUUAAAGAUUUCCCAAUCUUCUGGAAAGUUGCAGUUGACUGACGCGACUGGCAGCAUUGAUGUUGUCAUACCAGACCUUUCAUCAACUUGGAGUAUUAAUAGCAUAUAUCAGGUAAAUGAUUUCACUCUUGUUACAGAAGGAAAACAUGAAGAGGUUGGACAUUUAGGAUUGCUCUUCAAGGACUCAUUCUCGUGUAGAAGUAUUUUCAAUUGGGUUCCAUUAGCGAGAGAGAUAAAAUUAGCAAUUUAUCUUCAUUUCUAUUUGAGAAGCAGAAAAUCUAGCAAUAGUCUAUUCUAUCCUUCCAUAAAUUGGAAGGGAAACUUUGAGGAGCUUGAAAGUGGUGGAUAUCACUUGCUUUGGGUGACUCACAAAUUUCCUCUGCUACAAAAGUUUCAAAGUGAACAAGUUACUUUAGACAAGUCAGGCAUGUUUGCUGAGGCCAUAGUCUUGCCUUGGGAUUUGUUUCUUGCUGGGAAAGAUGGAGAUACUCGUCAAAUUAAAGCCUCGGUGGAUCAACUGAAAAAUUCCAUGGAACAUUAUGCUGAUAGAGAUUAUGAGGAAUGUGUUUCUAGUAAGAGAUAUAAAAUUGACCUGACAUCUGGAUUGAGCAAUUCUGAAAAAGGAUCAUGUGACAAUCCAAAUUGUUGUUCCAGUGUUUACAAUAAAUCUCAUGGGGACUGGAAUUGUUGUAAUUUGAGUUCACUUGAAAUUCCAUGUUUAGUUACUGUUAGAAGUGUUCAUGACUAUAGCCAGGUUAGUUCAGGAUUCUUGCAUUGCAGAAAAUCUAAUGUAAAGGUUGGUGCUGGUUACAAAUCAAAUGCAAGGAAAGUAUUACUGGAGUUCACGUCUGAUAGCUUUUGCAAGUAUCAGUUGCUGCAAAUUGGUGGUUAUUACAUCAUAAAGCACCACAAAGAAGACACAAUGUGCCCUCGUAGUGACUCCAAUUAUAUCAGUGGUGGUAACAUAGUUAUCACUGGUAGAACAAAUCUAUGGAGCCUUUCAUUCUAUUCUGAUGAGGUUCUCUCAGAUACCAGACUAUCACGUAUUCUUUCACUUAAUGAUUCAUGUGUCAGCAACAAUGAGAUUCUAUCUGAAGGAUCUCAUCAAAUUGAAGUACCACUCCUGAGAUUUGAUGAGGACUGUCCUAAAACCUUUUCAGAUAUCCAUAUUUAUCUCCCUACUGAUGCUAUCAAUGUCUUGGAAGAUGGUCUGGUCAAGCCAUCUUUCUCACUUGAAGAGGUGGGUAAUAUUUCUCAGUGCACUGGGACCCUGGUCACUGCAUCAGUGCAAUCUUGUCGAACUUCUGGUUCUGAUUACAUGUUGCCAGAGGGAACUUUAAUAUCUUUGCAUGGAUAUGUGGUAGCUGUUCAUAAUUCUGAUUGCAGUUCUCUUGCUGCAAACUUGAGCGAAAUCUCUAAAGAUGUUCCCCAGGAUAAAUCCUUUCAAGGAGUAACCAGCAGUGUCUGUAUCCUUGUUUUGGCAGGCCAUCGCAUUGUGCGGGUUUCUGGUGCUCUAAGUAAACAUGCUUAUCUUAUCGGAUUUGGACCAGGUGCAAAUGCAACCUUUCACAGAAUUCUUGUAUUGAGUAGGCAGAAUGAACUUAUGUUGACAGCUGCAUCUUUCAUCGUAAUCAACUCCAUAAGGGUGGUCAAUGACCACUACACUGACAAUUUUUGCAAUCCAUCAGUUGCUUCAGGGUUAGACAGUCCUGAAUUUUUGGAUACUGUUCCUUCAGGUUUGAUUUCCGAAAUAAUUCAGCAGUUGGAGAGUAAGCCAAUACAGUUUCAUUGUCGAGUUGUAGCUGUUUAUAUCCUGGUACUUGAGAAGAACAAAGAAGUCAUUUAUUCCCAGUCUGGGAUUAACUUGAGCUCUGCUGUGGUUAAUAUACCUCUUGCUGGUUUUGUACUUGAUGAUGGGUCAUCCUUGUGUUGUUGCUGGGCUAAUAGUGAAAGAGCGGCAACCUUGCUGCGGCUCCAUGAAGAUACCCAACAUAAAGCUCCUGGAAGAAGUUUCGGGAGAUCAAAGCAGAUGGGAAAACACAAUGCCUGCAGCCCCACUGUUCAUCGAGUAGACAAAAUGUUGAGAAGGCACGGCAGAGUUAUAGCGAAAAACUAUGGAUUCUUGUUUGAUUCUUCAUGUCAGGAUCUUACACUUUCUGUUGGGUUAGAUAAUGUCUUAAGCAGCUGGGAUGAAGACCUUCUCAAGUUCAUAUUCCUCAAUGCUUGCUUGGGCACCUUUUGGACUGUUGUUGGUACUCUGAUGGAUUCAACUGCUAUCGAACAGCUUGAGAAACGCUGUAUGGAAAUGGAUAUGGUGAUGCCUCAAAUGCAAAAUAUAUGGGCUAGAGAAGUUUAUCACACUAACCCUCUUGGUAGAGCAAGGAACAUUAUUCAAGAACUCCAAAAUAUGUAACUCCUCAUGCUACUAGUCUUUUGGAUGACUCGAAAGUUAGCGUGUUCAUUACUCCUCAUAUGUUUUAUAUACGCGCCAUCUCUUCAAAAUAGCGUGGUGAAUGGCAUGUGUUGUAUUUCCAUGAUUAGUAAUCCAACAGUAUAUGUUGUAUAUUAGCAUAGGAACCUCUAAAGUUAUACUGUGUAAUAAUACCGGGUAUAAUUAUUGUAUGUAAUAUGAAUGUUCGAUCAUAUGAUAUGCGUGGAUAUUGUUGCUGCUUGAGCUUGAGUGUUCAUUUUGUUGGGAUCCAAGUGCAAAGUUGAUAAUUUGCAUUGCUAUGUAUUUGAAUAUUUAGGUUUUGCCCUAGAAUUAGUAGCAGGUCCGGUUUUUUUUCG